AUGAGGUCUUCAUCCACGACUUUGACAAGGACCAAACUGAUUUCAAGGGACAACGCUUUUGGAAAUGAUUCUGAUGAAUACGUUUCUGAAUCCAUCGGAAUCAUGGCCAACAUCUUUUUCCGACCACGUAUUACUCAGCAAAUUUCUACCUCUCAAAAGCCCCUUACUAAACCAACAACUUAUUCAUCAAAUUCCACAAAUCGAGUAUCUAAGGAGCAUAAGUCCACAGUUGGAACUGGUUGCUCCUCGUCAAACUUGAAGCUCUUGGAAGCUAAAGUGGAUCUUGUCACACCCUGA